AUGCGCAACAUCCUUCCAUUUCUUAUAUCUCCAGAAACCCGGAUGCGCAACAUCCUUCCAAUUCUUAUAUCUCCAGAACAAGCUGGUUUUGUUAAAGGAAGGUCGAUUCAAGACAACAUUCUCCUGGCCAUGGAACUCUUACAAUCAAUUGAUAAAAGAUGUCGUGGUUGUAAUGUUGCAAUCAAGCUUGAUAUGAUGAAAGCAUUUGACCGUGUAGCUUGGCCUUUCCUGAAAGCUCUACUUCUCAAAUUUGGCUUCUCUACUUUUUUUGUCAACCUAAUCAUGCAAAACCUCACUGCCACGCGCUUCUCAGUUCUUGUCAACGGAGUGAGUAGCGGUUUCUUCCAACCAUCAAGAGGAGUUAAACAAGGUGACCCCCUAUCACCUUUGCUAUUCAUACUGACUUCAGAAGGACUCUCAAGAGCUUUAGUCAGGAAAGUUGGGACAGGUAUGAUUCAACCAUACAAGAACCCCUCAGCUGCUUGCCCGAUCAUUACUCAUCUUGCUUUUGCAGAUGAUAUUCUUAUUUUUGCAAGUGGAAGCCGAAAAUCCUUGCAGAAUAUAAAGGCUACACUUCAAGAAUAUGAGCAAGCAUCAGGACAGAAAAUCAACUUUUCCAAAAGUUUCUUUGUUACUUCAAAAUUUGCUUCCACAGCAAGAAUCAACACAAUCACUCGAGAGCUUGGUAUGCAUAGACACACUAUUCCUUUCAAAUAUCUUGGAGUCAAUUUGUUUAAAGGAAGAAAUAAAAGCUUUUACUACCAACAUAUCCUAGAUGGGAUUGACAAAAGAUUACUUGGCUGGCAGAGAAAACUUCUUUCUACAGGCGGAAGAAUCAUUUUGAUCAAACACGUCCUAUCAACAAUCCCUUUGUACUCACUGGCUUCGAUACAACUCCCUAAAGGAGUUAUCCACUCUAUUGAGCAAAGGAUGGCAAACUUUUUCUGGGGUUCUAACCAAGGUCACAAUAAAAGGCAUUGGACUUCCUGGUCCAAACUUUGUUUUCCAGAAAAAGAGGGAGGCUUGGGUUUUAGAUCUUUACCGGCUUUGCAAUCCACUUUUGCUGCCAAACUUUGGUUUUCAUACUGCAAAGGAGGCACCAUAUGGAGUGACUACAUGAGAAUCCUGCAUCCAAACCCAAACAAACCUUCGAGUUAUUCUGACUCAAUAACUUGGCGACGAAUGAAAUCUGUGUCUUCUACAGUUGAGGAUAACAUCACUUUCUUAGAGGAUGAGUUGAUCUGGCAACCUUCUACCUUGGGAUCUUUCACCUUCGACACAGCUUACAACCUCUUCCGUCCAAUUUGCCCUUUCUGUUGGAAUGAGAAUGCUUCUCUUGAACAUUGCAUGCGGAGUUGUUCAAGCAUUAUAGAAAUUUGGAUUUAUUUUGCAAACCUCUUCAAUGUCAAUCUUGGUCUUGCCACCUCAGUUCGAACAACAUGCCAUGUCUGGUGGCUAUCAGCAGAACCAGAAGACGGAUGGAGUAAUGUUUCAGCUACCAUUCGAAAAUUAAUGCCUUGCUUUAUUCUAUGGAAUGUAUGGAAGAAGUACAACACUCUGAUUUAUGAAGGAGGGCGCUACUCGCAGGACCGUAUUAUUUGGGAGAUUAAAAAUGAUUUCCUUGCCUUUUCGGUAACCCAUCCCUUUUGUUCCUCAAAAGCCUCCGACCAAAGAUUUAUUGAAGCCGGUCUCGUGACUUCUUUCACUAACCCGAGACCAAAGAAGACCCUUUGGAUUAAAUGGCAACACCCUCCCAUUGGACGCUUAAAGCUCAAUUCUGAUGCUUCCUUUUCAGCAAUCUCUUGUGGAGGAGAAGCGGAAGCUCUUGCUCUUGCCUUUGCUAUGAGAUGGUGUGAUCUGGCAGCUCGUAAACCAACUCUCAUUGAAGUGGACUCCUCAGUUCUUGUCCAUCUCAUUCUUAAUCACGAAGCUCCAAUCCCAUGGAAGAUUAGACAAUCAAUUUUCACCAUUCGAAAAUUGCUCUCGUCAUGGUCAUCUUCAAUUGCUCACUCAUAUAGAGAAACAAACAAGGUUGCAGAUUCUUUAGCUUCUUUUGGUUGUAAUCUCCUUUCUCCAUCUGUUUUUUUCACCCCCAUCUCUUUACCUCCUUCUGUUAUCUCUUCUCUUUUGUAUGACUGGAGGGGUCUUUUGACCCCUAGAUUAUCCUCCUAA